AUGAAAGCAGUUCCCGUAACUGGUGUCAUUGUGAUUUGGCAAUUGUUCUCCAUUCACACUACGCACAGCACCAAAGUUUGGUUACCACAAGUAGAUUUUGCGGAUAGUUCGAACUGGGUACCGGCGAGAGUUCCUUCCCCACAACAAACGAUCGUAUUUCCCAGCAAACUGAAUGCCUUGGUUAGUCUGCCAGCGGGCAUUAUGACGGUAUCGUCACUUGUUCUCCCGCAGCAAGGUGGAUUACUCUUUCCGGAGCAUUCAUUUUCGCUGAAUGUAGUGUCCCAAGAUCCUUCGUCGCUUUCCGUUGCUGUGUUCAAAGCUCCCGGUCGUACACCGUACUAUUCCGGCAACAAUUGGGCAACGUACGAUGAGCAACGAUUGGCGCGACAAGCACCGAACGCAGCCGUACCACACGCGGAGCGUGUACCGUGCCAGUACGAGACGGUUGUGUUCGAGACGGGUAAGAGCAUGCCGAAACCAAUAGACAUGCAGUACCACGAGUCAAUCGAAGUGGGAAACGUGCGGUUUGGCGACACGUUCGAAGGAUUGGACAAUUUCCACAACUUCCUAUCGUCCGAGCUGGGACAGUUGCUGUUUUACAACGCGGAGGACACGCUCAUACGGCAGGGUAAAUGUGCCAGCGCAGAAAAAUGUCCCUGCCAGGAAGAGCGGCAGAUGGAUGCAAUCUGCUCGAACGAACGUUGCGCCGUACCGCACUGUCUUUCGCCGAUCCAACCGUCCGGACACUGUUGCCCGAUUUGUGGCAGUGUGUUGCGUGUGAAUAUUGCUCAGUUCCCGGGCGUGUUUAACUUGCAAUCGUUCACGGACAAGCUUCGGCGGAAGAUUGCCUCGUCGGACGUGGACGUUGCGGAUGUGGAGUAUCAUAUUGGAAUCGAUCGAUCGAUGGGAGCGAACGUAGUGCAGCUAAUCGUCGUGGAUAAGGGGGAGUAUGGUGAAAGAAGUGUCCAGAUGAUGAACAGCCUGCGGCCGUUCUUCGAGAAACAAUUUGCAUCCGGAUUCCAUAUAACGCAUGCCGGACAACCACACACACCGCUGGAGGGAGGCCAGGUGUUCACGUUUGUGCUGCUAAGCCUUAUCGCCGUGUCGGCAUUCUUUACCGUGCUCUAUGUGUACUACUACGACAAUCUGCUUGUUCCACGGCUUAGAGCAGCGGUUCGCAACCGUCAGUUCUUCACGACUCCCUUCGUGUUUGCCCGUUUUCACCCGAACAGUGAUACGGACGGACUGUCGGUGGACGUCAAUUUCCCAAGCGAUGGACAACUGCCCGAAGAAGAAUGUGAGCAAUCGUCGGCAACCGUGGCUGCAGUUGAGGAUCGGCACGCCUCCUCCUUUAAUAAUCCUAUGUAUGAAAAGCCAACGCCGAAAGCGGAUCCCGCUGCGGAAGCGUUCGACGAUGUGGAGCUGUGUGUGAAGUGA